UUGUUAAUGUGAGAUGUGAUCAACAGAUUAAACAUUAGCAAUGCGUGGGUGGACACAUUUGAAGGGGAGGGGCUGCUCAGAGCUGAAACCUGUAUCAACAUGAACUCUUUCAACCAGGUCUCGCCAUUGGUCGUCUCCACACUCGGCCUGCUGGUACUAGCCACCCUCCCUGUGACUGUGUGGGGGCAGACUGUGUCAGUUAGUAAUGUGAGUGUGGCCUACCAACAACAGGCAGUGUUGGGAUGCUCUCUGAUUGGCUACCUGGGAGCUGGUCCAGUGAUCAUUAGCAUUGAUAAAGUCAGUGGACCUGUCUCCACCUCACUUUUUGACCAGCAAAACCUCACUGCUUCACUGACUCUAGUUGCCGCUAACUACUCGGACAUUGGAGCAUACAGAUGCACUGCUAUGAUUGAUGGAGAGAGUGUCUCCCAGACAACAUUAUACCUGCAAAUUAACGGUUACCAGCCUCCUACUGGUCAGUUUGGGUUUGGUUUGGUCAAGUCGUCAGAGACACAGCUGGUGGAGUGUCCAGUGGAGGGUGUGCCCGGACCAUCACGCUUCUACUGGCAGAGGGGACAAAGAAUCAACGCCCUCAGAGUGACCACACAGACGGACUUGCUGUCAGGACCAUUUGUGGACAGUGUGGGACGUCUUGAUCUGUCUAAAGCACAGAACAGUGACUCUGGCAUAUACAGAUGUACCGGAGUGGACGUGGCAGGUGGCAGUGGAUAUCAACUGUUCAAUAUUGAGAUCAAUAAUGUGGAUGAGUUUUUGUUGGCCACUCAGUGGUACUUUAUUCUGCUUUAUGCUCUCGCUGGUGUCGCCCUGGUUGCCAUGGUGAUUCUCCUUAUAUGGUGUUGCUAUAGCACCCGUCACUAUUGGUUUGUGAAAAUAAAGACGACAGUUGUUGUCCGUAAGAGAGUGAAGAAGAAGACGUAUGCAGAAGCAAGGAGAAAGUCGCAGGAAACUGGUCAGAGGAAAAUGGCACUGGCCCAUGAACUGCAGGCCAAGGAUGACUACAACUACGACAUGUUUACAUCUGAACAGACCACCAGAUAAGACAAGUAGUUAGAACCAUCGGUAGUAUAGUCAACGAACUACAAACCCACAAGCACUAGAAUAUUGUGACUUUAUAUAUACAAUGCUUUUAUCACAGUAUUAAUUUUGUACUAUAAACAGUGAACGUUUCA